UCUGAGAGAGCUUGCAGAAACGAGUAAACGUAUUUAAUUUUCACAACCUCCAAGCCAACCCCCUCCUUAUUCUUUACUCUCUUCCUCUGCUUUCCACUUUCAAACCCUAGAAACAAUUCACCUUUAGAUGCAAAUGGGUCUCUUCCCCAAACACUAGAAACCCACUAGUUAAUCCAUUCCCAGAUUCAGCUCAAUCCCAUUUCAGCCAUGGCCUCAUUAUCCUUUUCCAGACACUUAGCUGCCUUUGUUUUGCUCAUUUUCUUCCUGCAACCCUCAGCUGCAGACUCAAACUCCUCGUUUUCAUUCACUGAAUUUGGUAAAGGUCCAAAAUUUGAGUCCAAUAUUGCUCUUUAUGGUGAUGCAGAGGUUGUUAGUGGUGGGUAUGCAGUUCAACUCACUAGUUCAGUGAGAUCAAGUGCUGGGAGAACCAUGUACAAGAAACCCAUCAAGCUCAGUGAAGGUAAACCUCAGAAAUCAGUAUCUUUCUUCACAAACUUCUCAUUUUCUGUGUCCACUGGCAAUGGGGAUGGUUUGGCCUUUGUUAUGGUUCCAAGUGGUUUCAAUCUUAGCAUGUUUGCUAAUAGCUCUUUUGGGCUUUCUCUAGGAUAUGGGAAAGGUAAAUUUAAAGUUGUUGCAGUUAAGUUUAAUGCAUUAAGGGAUGCCAAGGUUCAUGUUGGAAUUGAUGUGGGUAGUUCUGUAUCAGCUAAAGUAAGCACUUCUUCAAGUAAGAAUUUGAAUCUAACUAGUGGGAAUAAAACGCAUGCUUGGAUCGAUUAUGAAGCUGGUUCGAAUAGAUUAGAAGUUAGGCUGAGUCAAUUUGGUCAUCCAAGGCCAGCUGAUCCUCUGCUAUGGUACCCAAUUGACUUGUCAAAACUGUGGGAGCAUGAGAAAGUGUUUGUGGGCUUAAGUGCAAUGAACAGGAAUUCGUCUCAGACAUGUUUGAUAACUUCUUGGAGCUUUGAGCAAAGGCAUGUGCCGCACUGGAUGCAUUCACAGCCACUAGAUCCCGAGGUCUUUGCUAAGAAUUCGAAACCGGUGAGAGUUGAAACCAAAAAGGAUUGUGUAAAAAGGGUUUUUGGUGCAAUGGUUUUUGGUGUUGCUUGUGGAGCAUUGGCAUCACUCCUUGCGUUGUAUUUGUGGACCGUCUUCGGUAAUCGGCGUCCGGUGGUGCCAGAGGGCUAUGCUGAGCAGCCUAAAGAAUUUGAGUAUGAUAAAGUGAAAGUAGGUGUAGAUGAUAAAGCCAUCGAAGAUGGAAAGCAGUAGAUGUUUGAGUGUCGAAGGCUGUUGCUUGUUGUAUUGUAAAUCAAUCUUGUUUUUCUUUAAUGUAUUUUCAGGUUGUGUCUUUACUUGUAGUUGUAACCUGGCAGUCAAUUGUCAAAAUGUAGUAACCUGGGAUUCCACUUUGAACUGGGAAAUUGAAACAUAGCAUGGUUUUCCCCACUCUUA